GUGGGUGAGGGUAAACAACACGCCAGCGCGCCCCCGGUGCGUGUCCGGUCAUCGGAACCUCGGUAAAGCCUCGCGGACUUUACUGCAGCACAGACACGGCGGAACAAUGUUGCACGGAAAGCUGGUUGUUUGUGUAUUCCUGCUAGUGCUUGGCCCCCGUGUGUGUGUGGGCUACGUAUUCCAGGCUGCUCAGCCGACAGAAGAAAAGGAGGAGAUUCCCGUACACCCUAAAAUAUCUGUAUGGGAAAGCACAGCUGGGUCUUGUAAAGGGCGGUGCUUUGAGCUGGUAGAGGCGGAGCCUCCUGGGUGCAGGUGUGAUAAUCUGUGUAAAACGUACUAUAGCUGCUGCGCAGACUUUGAUAAGCAGUGCCUCAAAACCGCUGGAGGUUUUGAGUGUACUGCGGAGCGGUGUGGAGAGAGCCGAAAUGAGGACUAUGCAUGUCAGUGUUCAGAGGACUGUUUGGAGAAAGGAGAUUGUUGCACCAACUAUAAUGCUCUCUGCAAAGGUGGGAGUCAGUGGCUGGACGGAGACUGUGAGGAGAUUAAUACCCCUGUAUGUCCUGCAGGAUUUGUGCGUCCUCCUCUCUUCAUCAUCUCUCUGGACGGAUUCCGCGCCUCCUACAUUAAGAAAGGAAAAUCUGUCAUUCCCAACAUCCAUAAACUGAGAACGUGUGGGACACGCUCUCCUCAUAUGAGACCGGUGUACCCUUCGAAGACGUUUCCCAACCUCUACACACUCGCCACGGGGCUGUACCCGGAGUCUCACGGCAUUGUGUGUAACUCCAUGUACGACCCAGUGUUUGACGCGAACUUCAAUCUGCGUGGGCGAGAGAAGCUCAAUCCUCGCUGGUGGGGUGGGCAACCCAUCUGGAUCACGGCAGAGAAGCAGGGGGUGAAAGCAGCUACGUUCUUCUGGCCGUGGGUGAUUCCACUGGAGAGAAGGAUCCUGACCAUGCUAAGUUGGCUCCACCUGCCUGAUGAUGAAAGGCCGUAUGUGUAUGCGGUCCACUCGGAGCAGCCUGAUGCGUUCGGCCACAGACUGGGGCCACUCAGCAACGAGCUGGAUAACCCGCUAAGAGAAAUUGAUAACAUCAUCGGUCAACUGAUGAACGGUCUGAAACAGAUGAACCUGCACCGCUGUGUAAAUGUCAUCAUAGUGGGCGAUCACGGAAUGGAGGAGGCCCACUGUGAUCGUACAGAGUAUCUCAGCUCAUACGGACUAAACGUUAAUGAGUUCACACUCAUCCCGGGAUCAUCUGGGAGACUGCGUCCCAAAAACCAGAGCGUGCCAUACGACCCAAAAGAACUUGCAGCCAAUUUAACCUGUAAGAUGCCCAAUCAGCACUUUAAGACCUAUCUGAAGCAGCAUCUGCCCAAACGGCUGCACUAUGCCAACAACCGCAGGAUAGAGGACGUGCACCUGCUCAUGGAGAGGAAGUGGCUCGUAGCCAUGAACCGGUUACCUGGCAGCUGUGGCUACUUUGGCGAUCACGGCUUUGAUAACAAAAUCAGCAGCAUGCAGACCAUCUUUCUGGGAUACGGACCGAGCUUCAAGUUCAGGACGGAAGUACCUCCGUUUGAGAAUAUUGAGCUUUACAACGUCAUGUGUGACCUCCUGGGCUUGACUCCUGCACCUAAUAAUGGCACACACGGCAGUCUGAACUCCGUGCUUAAAGACCCUCCUUACAAGCCCAUACAGCCGGAGGAAGUGACAUCACCAGAACCUCUAGAGCCUGCUGAAACUUCACUACCCUACAACCUGGGCUGCAGCUGUGAUGAUGAGAAUAUGAUCGAAGAGAGCACUGAUGGAUUGCCCGCAGAAGGAGCUGCUUCGUUAAACAAUGUCACCCACCUGCCGUUCGGCCGGCCCGCCGUUUUGUUCCAGACUUCGUACUCUUUACUGCAGCACUCGGACUACGUCGGAGCGUACAGUUACGAGCUGCGCAUGCCUCUGUGGACAGCAUUCACCAUCACACCACAGAUAGAGAGCACUGCAACACCUCUUCCGGGCUCAGAGUGUGUAAGAGCGGACGUCCGAAUUCCUCCCAAACACACACCGACCUGCGACUCCAACAACCAGGAGCACAAGAUCAUCCGUGGAUUCCUGUACCCGCCUGGUUUGUCCAUCACUCCUGAAUCCAGAUAUGAUGCUUCACUGAUCACCAACACAGUGCCCAUUUACCCUGUCUUUAAGAGAAUAUGGAACUACCUGCAGAUGACAGUAUUGAAGCGCUAUAGUGAAGAGAGGAACAGCAUUAAUGUUGUGACCGGACCCAUAUUUGACUAUGACUUUGAUGGACUCAGAGACACGGUGGAGAAAAUCAAAGAACAUGCAGGUGACUCUGCCCCGGUCCCUACUCAUUUCUACGUGAUAAUAACGAGCUGUGAGGAAGAGAACACAACAGUGGAGGAGUGCGAUGGAGCCAUUUCACCGGUGUCCUUCAUCCUCCAUCAUCGGCCAGAUAACUCAGAAAGUUGCAAUAGUUCGGAUGAGCCGUCUCGCUGGGUGGAGGAGAUCCUGCGCACUCACACGGCUCGCGUACGUGACGUGGAACUGCUCACCGGACUCGAUUUCUACCGCUCUGUCACGCUGCCCUACACAAACACACUCACGCUGAAAACCUAUCUGCACACUUUCGAGGAAAACGUCUAACACCUGGUGGAGCAACAUCACUAAACACCACAUCACCUCUCUUCCUGGAUCCACUGAUGAUUAGGUGUAUAGUUUUUAUACAGUUUCUCAUAUUUAUUGUUCAUUUCAAACAAAAUAAUGAUGGUACAAUGUUUCAAACAGUUCAACUUUAGACUCACUAAAUAUAUCUGUUUAGAGCGUGAAACACAUUGCGUUAUUGUGAGUAUCUUUGUAUGUGUGUGUGUGUGUGUGUGUGUGUGUGUGUGUGUUGUAAGUUAACAGUUUGUUAGCAUGUGUUUGCUAGCAUGUGGAGAGGAUUUAUUUGGCGCUCAUUGCUCCAGUUUACUGUGAUAAUAAUGUUACCACAUAGUAACAUUCCCCUACAGAUAACCCCCAGCAAGGCAUGUACCAUAGUCCUUUUCAUCAUAGUUUACAAUGUUACUACAAUAAUGUGUUUGCGAAAUUUUAAUGUUUACGUAUUCUUAAAAUAGCACUACCGCCAUCUGCUGGCUGUGGGGUGACUCACAAUUGCAAAGUUAAAAAAAAAAAAAAAAAAUGACAACCUUCCCCCUUUUCCACCAGCUGGCCCCACCCUCUUUGUUGAAACUGUGUAUGCCUUGUGAGAGGAAGCUAAUUUCCAGGCCAGAAAAAUGUAAACAGACAUCUUAAAAAAAGAAGACGCUACUGAUAUCCACCGCACAACAUUACAUUAUAUUAUAAAUAAUAUUGCGAAUCAAUUUUUCUAACAUACUAUCUUUGAGAUUAUAUGAUUUACUAUAGGUAUAAAUAUAUAUUUUUUCAGUUAAUCUGCUCAUUCCAAAUGGCUCCUUUAACUGAAGAGGAAGCUCUGCAGGAUUGCAGUCAGAACUUUAUAGCUCUUUAGCUUGGGUUUACACUACAAGUUUGUAUACACUGAUCAGCCAUAACAUUAAAAGCACUGACAGGUUAAUUGAAUAACAUUGAUUAUCUCAUUACAGUGGCACCUGGCAAGGGGUGGGAUAUAUUUAUUAGGCAGCAAGUGAACAGAGAGUUCUUAAAAUUGAUGUGUUGGAAGCAGGAAAAAUGGGCAAGCGUAAGUAUCUGAGAAACUUUGACAAAGGACAAAUUGUGAUGGCUAGAAGACUGGGUCAGAGCAUCUCCAAAACGGCAGGUCUUGUGGAGAUGGGAUGGCACUUGGAUGCUCUAUGGGAGGAAGGCGAGCCGGCGGAGGGAGUUUGAUGCACUGGGCAAUGUUCUGCUGGGAAACCUUGGGUCCUGGCUUUCAUGUGGAUGUUACUUUUGAUACAUACCACCUACCUAAACAUUGUUGCAGACCCAUGGCAAUGAUAUUCCCUAACAGCAGUGGCCUCUUUCAGAAGGAUAAUGCGCCCUGCUACACUGCAAAAAUUGUUCAGGAACGGUUUGAGGAACAUGACAAAGAGUUCACUUGGCAUCAAAUUUCCCAGAUCCCAAAUCCAAUCGAGCGUGUGUUGGAUGUUCUGGACAGACAAGUCUAAUCCAUGGAGGCCCACCUCACAACUUACAGGACUUAAAGGAUCUUGGUGCCAGAUACCACAGCAUACCUUCAGAGGACUUGUGGAGUCCAUGCCUUGAUGGUUCAGAGGCAGGUGGUUAGGCAGGUGGUUUUAAUGUUAUGGCUGAUCGGUGUAGACAGUAUCUUUUGUAGCACCUGUAAAUGCUAACGAUCCAGGUACAAUAGGGUUUGAAGAAAGCUUUUAUUGUGAAAUAUGCACAUAUAGUACGGAGAAAUCCAUACCCCAGCUUGUUAGGACGUUAGGGUCAGUAUACAGGGUCUCUGCAUCCCUGGAGUGUGUUUAGGGCCUUACUGAAGGGUCUGACAAUGGCAGCAUGAUGGUGUCAAUAUCUUUUGUUUUAAAAUGCAAAUGAACCAGAAAAGCUAGCUAGAUAGCUAAUGUUUCCUACAGAGUUUCCACAUAUCUGUUCAGGAUGAUGUCUUCAAGCUAAAUUUAUCCACUGUAAUGACUUCUACAUACACCAUUAGGACAAUUUAAGCUUCAAGCCAAACACUUAGCCUAUAUUUGUAAAAGCAUUGCGCAGUCAGAGUAACCACGUUCUAAUACUUUUUCAUUAAAUUCACUUUCAGUGAAAAGAAUAUAUUCGUCGGUGUUUGACGGUGGUGAGAGCGCUGUCUAACAUGGCGCACCGUAAUGUCCCGUAGGCGUGCAAUUGGGUUGCGAUCUGGUGACUGUGAAGGGGAUAUGAUUUUACAUCAUUUUCAUCCUGUGGAUGGGGGCGGAGUCAUCCUGGACAAAACAACUCCUAUCAGAAUAGAAAUGUUUCAUCAUAGGAUAAAGGUGAUCAGUCCAAAGUUUCGCUGUGACACUUCACACUACAUAGAGAGAGCUAUUAUAGUAACAGUGCACGUACUCCCUCAAUAGAAAAACAGUUCAUUGCUGGAAAAUCCAUUCACUGCUCUAUGAAGAUGUAGAGAAAUGCCUUAUCCGUCACCAGAUCUCAGCAGAACAUCUGUGUUGAAAAUCUGUGAGAUUUUUAGAACGACAUUUUAGAAAGCACUCUCCGCUCCCAUCCUCGAAACACCAACCGAGAGAAUAUCAUUUUGGAAGAACAAGGUUUAUCACAGUUCCAGAGUCUUGUAGAAUCCAUCCCAAGGUGCAUUGCAGAUGUUCUGGUGACUUGUGAUAUAUAAUGACUAAUACCAGCUAGCGACUUACAUAUGCUGCCUGUUCAGUUGCAUCACAUUAGCUAGAUAAAUGUAACCAUGGGAAUGAAUUAUAUCAUUAAAUUUACUAGUAUGAUUGUUAAAACAUGUUAGCUACAAGACAGGCCAAUUAAUGUACAUUUGUGAAUGUACUAUUCAAACUUUCAUCUGUCAUGCAGCAAAACUAAUUCAUAGAUUUUAUUUCAACUUAUUUUAAAGCUGAUUUCAUUCAACCACUUGAUCUGACUGGAAUUGCAAUUGUGUGCUACACCGUGAGUAUAGCGAACAUGAUAAAUGAUCUCUUACCUGCAUGUGAUUAAGACGUUAAGAGGCCAGCUAGCAAUAUAUUUACGUCCUGCAUCUGUCCACGUGUUCAUUCCCAUACACCUGUCACAAACGCCCACUGUACAGAAAUAUUAUUAUGGCUACGUUCUAGAUGUGUGGUUUUAUAAAAAUGUCGAUUUAGGGAUGCUAGUUUGAAAUGCUAGUAAGACUAACCCAAUAUAUAAUAAAUGAACAUUAGAAUUGCCACAAGUGAUGAUAGUGACACUGUUUCUUUUUUGCCUGACGUGAAAGAAAAUUCACUGACCAUAACAGCUAUACUGGGUAAAUAAAUAAUUAAAAAAAAUAAAAAUCUGUCUAUGUCUAG